AUGUUGGACGCUUUCGAAAUCAUCAACACCUCCGGUGUGGUUCUUUGGUCUAGGAAUUAUGCAGCUGUCAGCCCCUCGGUAGUCAAUAACUUCAUCUCGGAUGUCUUUAUCGAGGAGAAGAGCACCGUCACCGGCGCAAAGGAUGGCGCAUCCGCCGCCGCCAACCCACCUUACAAAUAUGAUCAGCACAGUUUAAGAUGGACAUUCAACAAGGAAUUGGGCAUCAUUUUCGUCGCAGUCUACCGGUCUCUCCUCCACUUGCCCUGGAUCGAUAAGCUCGUCGACAACAUCAAAGCUAUCUUCUUGAGUCUCUACGGCGACCAACUUAAGAAGCCAAACACCACCAUCAUCGAGUGUAUCAAGUUCGACGAAUACUUUGAACAGCAAAUCCAAGAGCUAGAGCAAGGCAGCAGCAAGUCGGAUACACGUGCAUACAUUGAUGAGGCUACCUCCGAGGAUGCGGGCGACGACCCUCCUUUGCCGCCAGCUCUUGUACCCAACCAGAAGCCUCAGGACAAAUCGUCGGCCGAACCUUCCCCGGUUGCAACACCUAAUGUCUCGCGCCCGUCAACUCCCAGCGCAAGCCACCUGCUGGUGGCCAAGCCUGGACCUGGCGGCAAGAUGUCGAGACGAGCAAGAAAGAUCCAGAACACCACUUCGGCGCCACCUUCAUCCGGCGACGAGGGCCCGGGGCGGAAGGGGAAGCCGGUUAAGGCGGCGAAGCGCGGGCGGAAAUGGGAUGCAGAUGGGCUUGCGGAUGAAACCGACGACGUCCAGCUCGAUUACUCAAUCACAAACGACAGUGGGGCUGAAGCUGGUGGGAGGCCAGGAGCCGUCGAGGAAGUGGAUGCUUCCACGUGGGGUGAGACAAGCAAGGGGAAGUUUGUGCUCAGGGAUUUGGGUGAUGAGGUUCAUUCUAUUCUGGCGGAUGCGGACGCCAAGAAGAACACCACAGCCAAGGCCGAGGGGUCGACGGGUCUUGUUGGCUCAAGUUUGAGUGCCAUCGGAGGACUGUUUAGGAACGUGGUUGGUGGCAAGACCUUGACGAAGCAGGAUCUCGAGAAGGCGAUGAAGGGCAUGGAAGAACAUCUUCUCAAGAAGAACGUUGCGCGAGAAGCUGCCGUGAGGCUGUGUGAGGGCGUUGAGAAGGAACUCCUUGGAGUGAAGACGGGAAAUUUUGAGAGUAUAAACGCGAGGAUACAGAAAGCCAUGGAAGCCUCCCUGACCAAGAUGCUCACCCCGACAUCCUCCCUUGACCUCCUUCGUGAGAUCGACGCCAUCACCGCGCCGUCCGCUACUUCUCUCCGGAAAGCCCGCCCUUACGUCAUGUCUAUCGUCGGCGUCAACGGUGUCGGCAAGUCCACCAACCUUUCCAAGAUCUGCUUCUUCCUUCUCCAGAACAAGUAUAAGGUUCUCAUCGCCGCCGGCGACACGUUCCGCUCUGGGGCCGUCGAACAGUUGGCAGUACACGUUCGCAAUCUCAAGGAGCUUACGGCUCGUGAGGGUGGACAGGUCGAGCUAUAUCAAAAGGGGUAUGGCAAGGAUGCUGCGGCCGUGGCCAAGGAUGCCGUUGCUUUUGCCGCGCAAGAGGGUUUCGAUGUUGUGCUCAUUGAUACCGCUGGGCGGAGGCACAAUGACCAGCGGCUGAUGUCGUCGCUCGAGAAGUUUGCCAAGUUUGCGCAGCCGGACAAGAUCUUGAUGGUCGGCGAGGCGCUCGUCGGCACGGACUCGGUCGCCCAAGCCAGGAACUUCAAUGCCGCCUUUGGGUCCGGCCGGUCCCUAGAUGGCUUUAUUAUUUCGAAGUGCGACACUGUUGGAGACAUGGUCGGCACGCUGGUCAGCAUUGUGCAUGCCACGAACGUGCCCGUGUUAUUUGUUGGUGUUGGGCAGCAUUACUCGGACUUGAGAAACUUCUCGGUCAAAUGGGCCGUUGAGAAGCUGUUGAGUAGCACAUGA